AUGCCCUGGCGUUCACCACCAUGGCUGCUCUUGCUCGCCACCAUGCUGAGCACCACGCGCCUGCUGGCACUUGCCGGAGGGAUGGCACGUCCCGGAUGCCAAGAAAGAUGUGGCAACCUGAGCAUCCCCUACCCUUUCGGCAUCGGUCCUGGCUGCUUUCGCAGCGGCUUUGAGGUCAGAUGCGACAACGACGCCAGAAGAGCCUACCUGGGCGGCGAAGGCAGUAACGUCUGGGCCUUUGAUAUCUUUCUGCUGCAUGGGGAGGCUCGAGUACACAAGCAUCUGACGUGGGACUGCUACAAUGACACUGGCAUCACUGACUUCACUAGAUCUCCCAUGGAUCUAGCAUCUUAUUACCAGAUAUCACAUACCAAGAAUAAGUUCACGGCGAUUGGAUGUGACACCAUCGCGUUCAUCCAAGGUGAAAAUGCAAACUCUUACACCAGCGGAUGCAUGUCGUUUUGCAGCAGCAAUGCAAGCGUCGACACCAGUGGCCAGUGCACCGGCAUGGGUUGUUGCCAGACAUCAAUCCCGGCAAACCUCACCUACUUCAACACCACCUUCUCAACAAGGCGGAGUACAAGCGUGCUGGAGUUCAACCCAUGCAGUUACGCCUUCGUGAUUGAGACCCAGCAGUUCAGGUUUGAUGUCUCUGACCUUGCAGGCCACCAUUUUGCUGACAAGUACAGUGAUGGCGUGCCUCUUGUGCUUAACUGGGUUGUUGGGGAAGAAUCAUGGUAUCUCUGCAACUGUUCCAGUGGCUAUGGGGGGAAUCCAUAUCUGGAAGAAGGCUGCCAAGACAUCGAUGAAUGUGCCUUUCCUGAGCAGUAUCUUUGCCUUGGCCAAUGCACUAACACAAUAGGAAGCUACAGCUGCACAUGUCCAAAGGGAACUCGGAGCACUGAUGCGAGUAUGAUAAAUUGUGUUCCUUACCAGGAUCCUACACAGACUGUAAAGAUGGUGUUAGGUAUCUCUAUCAGCACAGUCUCUCUCCUUGUUUGCAUUUUCCCUGUGGCCAUUCAAUAUCAAAAGAGAAAGCUCAUCAAAGAAAAGGAUGGUUUCUUCAAGCAAAAUGGUGGAUUUAUUUUACUUGAAAAAAUGCGAUCAAGACGAGUAGAUACAGUAAGAGUAUUCUCAAAAGAAGAAUUAGAGAAUGCAACCAACAAUUUUGAUAAGAGAAGAGAACUGGGAAGAGGGGGACAUGGCACGGUCUACAGAGGGAUUAUGAAGGAUAACAGAGUUGUAGCCAUAAAGCGCUCCAAAGUUUGCAACACAAACCAGAAAGAUGAAUUUGUGCAGGAAAUCAUCAUACUUUCUCAAAUAAACCACAGGAAUGUGGUCAGGCUUCUAGGCUGUUGUUUAGAAGUGGAAGUUCCCAUGUUGGUCUAUGAAUUCAUCCCAAAUGGCACUCUCUUCCAGUUGGUCCACAGUGAAGGGUCAUCCAUCUCAUUGGAUGACAGACUAAGAAUAGCCCUAGAAUCCGCAGAAGCGCUGGCAUAUCUCCAUUCAUCUGCAUUCCCACCCAUAAUACAUGGAGAUGUAAAAUCUUCAAACAUUCUCCUAGAUGACAACUACACAGCAAAAGUGACUGAUUUUGGUGCAUCACACAUGCUUGCAAAGAAUGAGACCCAAUUUAUGACAAUGGUCCAAGGAACUCUUGGCUAUCUAGAUCCUGAAUAUCUACAGGAACGGCAGCUAACAGAAAAGAGUGAUGUUUAUAGUUUCGGGGUUGUCAUAUUGGAGCUAAUCACAAGGAAUACUGCAAUAUAUUCUGAGGAUUCCAGUGAACGGAAGGGGCUUGCAUCAUCUUUUAUGAUGGCAAUGAAGGAGAACAAGCUUCAGGAUAUGCUGGACAAGAGCAUAAUAGGGGUAGGGAUGGAACCACUUCAAGCGAUUUCUGAACUCGCGAAGAAAUGCCUCAGCAUGAAGGGGGACGAGCGUCCACAGAUGACCGAAGUUGUUGAGCGGCUUAAAGUAAUAAGAAGAACCUGGCAAGAAAAGCUGACAGAGCACCAUGUUGUGGAAACAGAAAGUCUAUAUGCAAAACCUUCCUCUAAUUGCCCUUCCAGCAUUGCACAAUACGGAAGCAUCGGCAUAGAGUUGGAGCAUGGCAGAUGA